AUGAGGUCAUGCACUAAGCUUAUUCUGCUGAUUUUUUCUACAGUAACUCUCAUCCUUGUUACAGAGAGUCGAAGAACAAUACCAUCAAAUAAGGAGAUUAAAGAGCUCGAGAAACUACUCAACCAUAUCAACAAACCCGCACUAAAAAGUUUCAAAACGAAACAUGGUUACGUAUUGGACUGCAUAGACAUUCAAAAGCAGCUAGCCUUUGAUCAUCCUUUGCUCAAAAACCAUUCUAUUCAGUUGAAGCCUACAUCUAUACCUAAAUGGACAAGAGAUAACAACACUUCUGAAAAGUCAAGUUCCCUGCCUUUUCGACAAGAAGACGACAACAUACGUUGUCCACUUGGGACAGUGAUUAUUAAAAGAACUACACUUGAAGAUCUUAUACAAAUUCAUCUUUUGAAACUCUUAGGUGAGAAACCGGUCAUACCGGUCGUCAUAUUAUCUUCGUUUGCGAUAGCUGAGUAUUAUAAAGAAAAUCAUGGAGGAAUGGGAAACAUUAAUAUAUGGGAUCCGCCUGUCAAACCUGAUCAAUUUAGUCUUGCAAGUAUAUCUAUCCAGAACGGCCUUAGAGACCGCUUACAGAGCAUUUCAGCUGGAUGGAUGGCAGAUGGGGAUAACAAGACAGGUUGCUACAAUACCGUAUGCCCUGGGUUUGUACAAGUGAGUAGCAAAUUUGGACUUGGAACUCUUGCCAAACCAGUUUCCACUUAUGAUGGUGAACAAUAUAUCCUACAAGUCAUCAUUUUUCAGGAUCAUAUUACAGGAAAUUGGUGGUUUUUGCUAAAGGGAAACCCAAUUGGGUAUUGGCCAAGAUCAUUGUUCAAUGGUGAAGGUAUAGCUAAUGGAGCAAGUCGAGUAUUUAGUGCAGUGAGACAAAGGAUAAGCCCAAUCAUGGGAAGUGGACAUUUCCCACAAGAGGGUUACAGAAAAGCAGCUUUUGUGAAUGGUCUUAAAGUGAUUGAUCAUGUUUCAGAAAAGAAUACGAGUCCACCCGCUUCAAAUAUUGCAAUAUUCGCAAACAGUCCACGAGCUUCAGAUUUAAUAUUGUUCGCAAACAGUCCAACUUGUUAUAAAGUCGAAACAAAAUCAGGGGUUGGUGAAUAUUGGUCUACUGCUAUCUACUUUGGAGGGCCAGGAGGAUUUUAG